AUGGCCAAGGACCCUAGAACUCUUGGUCGUCUUGCAAGUGCCAUUGCCGUCACUCUUAUGGGCAAGCACAAACCUGUAUACCAUCCUUCCGACGAUUGUGGAGACUAUGUUGUGGUAACAAACUGCAAGUAUUUAAAUGUCACAGGAGAGAAGAUGACCCAGAAGUUGUACAGAAAGCAUAGUGGAAAGCCUGGUCAUUUAAAAGAAUGGACCAUGGCUGACCUUCAGAAUAGAAAGGGUGGAAGUGAAAUCCUUAGAAAGGCAGUAUCAGGUAUGCUACCGAAAAAUAGUCUACGGAAGUAUCGUUUGGCCCGACUAAAAACGGUUGAAGAUUCUCAGAACCCAUACGCAGAUAAUAUCGUUGCUACCUGGGAGGAGGGCGUGAAAAUUGUCGAGAACGCUAAAAAGACCACCAGCUGA